AUGGUCCUUGAUUCUCACAACCUCAUCCUCCCAAAAGUCAUGCCACAAGCUGUCAAGAGCAUUGAUUUCAUUCAAGGUAAUGGAGGGCCCGAUAGCAACAGGCAGGUCAAUUUCGCUGAAGAGAGCUACUAUUACAAGUACACAGUGACCGAAGGUGAUGCUUUGGAGGAGAAGCUGGAAUUCAUUGUUCAUGAGGUCCAGCUUGAGCCAACACCAGUGGGAGGCAGUAAAAAUAAGAUGACAACAAACUACCAUACCAAGGGGGACAUUGUGAUCACGGAAGAGGAAAUCAAGGCUGGGAAGGAAAAGGUCCUGGGCAUGUAA